AUGGAACAAACAACUUCAAGCACCAAAGGGAAUACAAUGAAAAGCCCCCGUGAAUACAAGAACAAAAAAGUUGACAAGAAGAAAAAGGUUAUAGACAUAGGUUCAGCCCCUGAACAGAGUUAGAAAGAAACAAAAUAGCCAAAAUUAGUGUUUUACUACAAGAAGAAUAAGAAAAGAAAUUGAAAUAAACUGAAGAAUAACCAGCCCCCAGAGAACUCCACUGAUCCAAUCUAAGAGAACGGAGACCUAGGCAUAUCCAUAGGAGGGUGGGGAGGAUUAGUCACACCUGGAGAAACCAAAUUGACUGCACUGGAGCAGGAUCUCUUCCAGAUAUCUGAGAGCACGUGGACAUAUGACUUCGAGCCAGCAGUCCUAGAGAAGCUCUACAGUCACAAUGAAGAGGGCACAAGAUGA